UAGUGUCUUAUACUAUAUUUUAUUUUUCUUCUUCUGUAAAUGGUUGCACUGCAAGAAAAUAAUUUCCUGCAAGGGAUUAAUAAAGUAAUUCUGAUUCUGAAGAAAAAAUAUACCUCUUGAUAUAAGAAAAAAAACUACCGUUUCAUUUUAAGACAGAUUAUUCCCCAGCUCUGUUUUGCUGCCUCCUUCUAACAGUUGGACCUUGUGCUUUGGAGUACACAAAGAUGAAGACUGCAGAUCACUUCUGGACAGACCCGUCGGCUGACGAGUUGGUUCAGAGACAUCGCAUUCAUAGCGGCAUCUGCAGGCAGGAUUCUCCCACAAAAAGACCUGCACUGUGUAUCCAGAAGCGACACUCCAGCAGCAGCAUGGAUGAGCGCCCUUCACCCUCCCCGUCAGCUCGAGAAUACGUGGAGUCACUUCAUCAGAACAGCAGAGCCACGCUGCUUUUUGGCAAGAACAAUGUGCUGGUGCAACCGAGGGACGACAUGGAGGCUAUCCCCGGUUAUCUUUCUCUGCACCAGACUGCUGACCUCAUGACACUGAAAUGGACCCCCAACCAGCUCAUGAACGGGUCUGUUGCUGACUUGGACUACGAACGCAGUGUAUACUGGGACUAUGCCAUGACAAUCAAUUUUGAGGAGAUUGUAUAUUUGCAUUGCCAUCAGCAAGUGGACAGUGGGGGAACGGUGGUGCUUGUCAGUCAGGAUGGGAUCCAAAGACCUCCGCUUCGUUUCCCCAGAGGAGGCCAUUUACUACAGUUCCUCUCUUGCUUGGAGAACGGGCUGCUCCCUCACGGACAGCUGGACCCUCCACUCUGGUCCCAGAGGGGAAAGGGGAAGGUGUUUCCCAAACUGAGGAAGAGGGUCCCUGUGGGAUCUGGAUCUACAGAGUCGGUCUCUGACAAGGAGGAGGAUGAAGCCACAGACUACGUCUUCCGCAUCAUCUUCCCAAACAGCCUCUCUGAUUUCAGGACGCCUCCAGAUCUGAUGGAUCAGGGAGCCGCCCUGUGGCAGCCCACUCUCAGGAAGCCUUCGUGUUCCUCCUGCUCUCAGGGGAACUUCUCUGAUGAGGCCUCGCACAAAGGAUGCAACUAUGAGAGGACUCCUCUGAAGCUGCUGUGUGACAACAUGAAAUAUCAGAUUAUCUCCAGGGCGUUUUAUGGAUGGCUGGCGUACUGCCGCCACCUUUCCACUGUCCGUACGCACCUUUCCGCCCUUGUCAACCACACCAUCGUUGCGACCGACGUGCCUUGCGAUGCCACUGGGGGGCUCACCACAGACGUUUGGCAGACGUUCCUUAAAGACUGCACUACUUACAAAGAGCAGGAGCUGCUCCGUUUGGUGUACUUUGGCGGCGUGGACCCCUCACUGCGUAAAGAGGUAUGGCCUUUCCUGUUGGGUCAUUACCAGUUUGGGAUGUCAGAAGAUAACAGGAGGGAGGUGGAUGAACAAGUGCGGGCUUCCUACCAGCAGACCAUGAGCGAGUGGUUGGCAUGUGAGGAGGUUGUCCGCGAGCGAGAAAAGGAGCAGCAUGCUGCAGCUUUGGCAAAGUGCUCCUCUGUUGCGAGCGUGGACAGCUCCAGUCAGAGGAUGACCCAUCAUGAUUCCACCGUGAGCAAUGAGUCUCAUUCCUCUCACAGCUCUGACAGGGAAAGUUUGGCUCGGCUCCAGAGUGAUUCCAGCAGCAGCACACAGGUCUUUGAAUCUGUAGAGGAGGUGGAACAGCCCGAGUCAGAGUCCAAGACCGAUGCGACCAAACAAGUGCCGAAGAUGCCCAACGAAGCUGUGCAAAACGAGUCAAGCUCGCCAGACUCAGGACAUCCUUCCUCACGAAACUUCUCCAUCACCUCUGGGCUGUCAGAUGGCUCCUUCAGCACAGAGGACAGCUCCGCACCUGAUGCUUCCCAGAGAUCCACAGCUGCGCCUCUGAUGCCACAGAUCUCAACCAAGCCUGCAGGGGGAGAGGGUGAAGGGCUGACAACUGAAAGUCAGGUGGCAAGAGAAGAGAAGGGCAAGGGGGAGGAGGGGAAAACAUUUGACAGCAUAGAUAAAGGAGAAACUACUUUGCAUCCUGGUACAAGGGAAAACAAAAAGUCUGAUAAAGUGAAAAAAGAAGAAUCAAGCUUUGAAGAUAGAGGCCUAAAAAUGAGCGUUAAAGAAAGUCCUCGAGGAGAUCAUGAGGCGAUGAAGAGUGUAGAAGUGCCUAAACGUGAAGAGAGAAAUGUUAGACACAUUAAAGAAACUGAAAAAUUAAAUUCAACUGUCCCGUUUUCACAAGAUAAGGAACAUUCAAAAAGCCUUAAAGAAUGUGAAGAGGAACAGAUUCUGGGCGCCUCGACACCAGGAGGAGCUUAUAGUUCAUCUCGGAGAGACGAGACCCAGGCUUUGACUGAGUCUGAUGAGUCUCCGUCAGCCAUAGAGAUGGAGGAGAUCCCUAAAACCAAGGUUUCCAUGGCACCCUGGAGCAGGAGGGGGCACUGUGAGACUUCCUCCUUCUCUGAGGAUUCAGCAGCACAUGUGGAGCUCAGGCAGGAGGUGGAAAAGCUCAGUCCCGAAGGAACGGAGUCCCUGCUGUCAGAGCCGGAGAUGGAGAGCCUUUACCCUCCUUUCGACUCUCUUCCAGCGGACGAAAACACAAAGAAUGAAGUAACCCCUCAGGAGUCAACUGGGAGCCCUUACUCUCAAGAGCUUUUGGAUCUAUACACACUAAAUCUGCACCGUAUUGAAAAAGACGUCCAACGGUGUGACAGGAAUUACUGGUAUUUCACUCCAGCCAACUUGGAGAAGCUGCGCAACGUCAUGUGCAGCUACAUCUGGAGGCACCUUGACAUCGGAUAUGUUCAGGGAAUGUGUGACCUGCUGGCUCCUCUUUUAGUCAUUCUCGAUGAUGAGGCCAAGGCUUUCAGCUGUUUUAGUAAACUUAUGAAGAGAAUGAAUCAAAACUUUCCACACGGAGGAGCUAUGGAUACCCACUUUGCAAACAUGCGCUCUCUAAUCCAGAUCCUGGAUGCUGAGCUGUUUGAGCUCAUGCAUCAGAACGGUGACUACACCCACUUCUACUUCUGCUACCGCUGGUUUCUCCUUGACUUCAAACGAGAGCUGGUUUAUGACGACGUGUUUGCUGUCUGGGAAACUAUUUGGGCCGCAAAGUACGCCUCAUCAGGUCACUUUGUUCUCUUUAUUGCGCUGGCUCUGGUGGAGGUGUACAGGGACAUCAUCCUGGAGAACAACAUGGACUUCACAGACAUCAUCAAGUUCUUCAACGAGAUGGCUGAGCACCACAACAUCAAGCAGAUUUUGACUCUGGCCAGAGAUCUGGUGUGCAAAGUGCAGCUGUUGAUAGAAAACAAGUGAUUGUUCCUGUUUCGUCCUUCAUUCCUUCCAUGUUAACACAUACAUGGCUGCAGCAGCACAACACCUUGAUACACAAGAGUUCACGUAGAAAUUACACAGGGCCUUUACAAUCACACUUUGCUGCUUUGAGCCUUACUAUCCUCUGUGGUGUUUGUUCCGUCAGCACUAUGCGAACCGCACCAGUCUGAGUGCUUUCAAUAUUUUAUGAUAAAGCUGUUUUAGCUGCACAUUUCAGACAUAAAAAGAAGUCUAAAUUUAAACAGAGACUGUAUUUCUGAUAAAAAUAGGCUCAAACCAAAAAGAGACAUCUUCCUAUUCCUAUCCCUUAACUAAAGAAAGAUUGUUGAGAUGUUUUAUAAUAAUAUUUAUGUAAGAACAUUUUAAUAUUAACAAUUAAUUAAUUGAUUAAUCUGGCUUGUAGUCUGAACUUUAACCCUAUCAUCAUCAUCUCACCCUCAAAAUCAUUCAAAAUAAUCUUUCUUAAACUUUGUUUAAUUAAUUUACAGUGCCUCGCAAAAGUAUUCACACCCCUGGAACUUUCUUCUUUUUUCCCCACCGUGAACUUUUAUAUAUUUAGUUGGAUAUAUCUGUUGGACAAAUGCAAAGUAGAACAUAAUUAUGAAGUAAAUGCAAAACUGAAAGGUCUUACAGUUUUUUUUUUGCAAGUGGAAAAUGAAGAGGUGUGAUAUGCAGUUUUAUUUAAUCCAAUGUUCUCAGAAAUACACAAAUAAAAUUGACUGUGUGCUUGUUAAUUUCCUUAUUAAUACAGCUAUUCUAAUGAGGCUUUACUGGUUUAUAAGAGAACAUGAAGACAAAAGAACAAAGCAGAUAGGUCAGUGUUAAAGUUUAUGCAGCGUUACGUUAUAAUACAACAUCUCAAGCUAUGAACAUGUGUUUGACAACUGCUUAAAUGACUAAGCUCUGCAAGUAAAGCAUUAUUAAUCCCAGAAGUAGCCAAGAGGCCCAGAGUAACUUUGGGGGAGCUGCAGAAUUCAACAGCUCAUGUGGAAGAGGCUGUGACGCUUCUGUGGGUGCUUUUCUUCAGUUGACGGGAAGAUGGUUAAUACAAAGUACAGAGACAGACCAAAAUGUGGUUGUACAGAUACUGCAGGGUCGAUCAUAAACGCACAACAUGCAUUGUUUCUUUAACUGUCAGAAUUAUGGGGGACUUUGUGUCAGCCUUACAUUUAAAAUCUCAAUGAAAUAAAUUAAACAUUAGUGACGUUUAAGGAGUCUUAGUACUUUUGCAAGUCAGUGUUACAGCAAAAAUAGAAUUUUAAGUGUUCUUUAACUGCGUUUCCUUCCAAGCUGUUUUAUCCUGUGUGAAAUAUUGUGUCUACAGAGAAAAUGUGUUCAGAAAUCAGAACCUAGUAUACUGUUGACUAAUGAAUCUGUUAAUACAAAUUCCCACAUGGAUGAAUAUGAUAAACAAUACUUUAUAAUACCUGUGUAUUGCUUUCCAUUGCUUGGUGAAUUUCUGCCUUUUUUGUAAAUUAAGUGCUUUACUUUCCUUAAUUUUUGUAAUGUCUUGCAUUGUCUGGUGCCUGCUUGUUCACUAAUUAGAGGGAAAAAAACAGGUGAGGCAGUGGUAACAUGCAGUAAGCUUAACCUAAUAACUGGACCUUAUUCACACACAUAGGAAAUGGGAAAUGUUUUGUUCAAAAGUUUACCUAUGAUAUUUUUGACAAAUGUAUAAUCCAUCUUUGAUGCAAGUCAAUGCCUGUCAUAUACAGCAUAGAACUCCAGGCAGUCGUUUUUCGACCUGUUGUGUUAUGAAUGUAGUUGGUUUUAUUGUAUUUAUUACUCGUAUUUAUUUGUGAGUUCCAAGUGCUGUCAGAUGAUUUAUUUUUUUUUUAGUUACUGUAACAUUCUUAAGCCAAAGUAUUUAUUUAUUUAUUUAUUUGUUCUUCUUCUCUGGAUGCUGCUUUGUUUGUAAAGCUGAAAGUUUUAUUUUGUGGCCAAUUUUAGAUGUGCAAUGUAAACAAUCAGAUUCUAUAAUACUUAACAUAUAUACACCUAUAUAUUGAAUGGUAUAUGUUUUUAUAAUAAAAAAUAAAAAUGGAAUAACUAUUUUCCCAAAUCGCAUUGUAAUGUCUAUUUUACUGAAAGAGAGUAGAAGGGAAAGAAAAUGCCAUCAAUGGCUAACCAGUAUGUUAGGAAUGAGUUACUGUCAUCACAUUUUUGAUAUUUGGUAUUUUUGUUUUAAUGCUUCAUGUGAGUCUUUGUCAUUUUAUAGCUUUAUGAUGGACUGGUGAAAUGAGACCAGGGUGUACCCCCUGGAAGUGCUGGCACUGCAAGGAUAAGAGCGAAAAUGGAAAAAUUGACAUUACAAGCAGAUCAU